CUGCUCGGUGUGGCGUCGCGUCCUGGCAGUCGAGACGGGAGCGCGUCUGGAAUCUGCGGAAUCGCCGGGAGGGCGCGCGGUGCCGCUGCCGCCGAAGCCGCGGUGAGGUCAGUGCCCCGCUCUCCCCCUCCUCCUAUAGUCCUAUUCCAGCGUCCCGUGCUCCGUGCCCCCGUCGCCGUCAUCUCCACACGGCUCCGGCUCGGGGCGCGCGGUUGCGCCCGACGAGGCGUCGACCGUUGCUGCCGUCCGCCAUGCGGCCCCCGAUCGAGGAGGGGGUAACAGGUAACUAUUUCCCCUGGCUCGUUGCCCAUUGAUUUCGUCGACGGCCGCUGUCUCGUUGCCCACUGAUCUCCUCCGGCGUGCCGCCGUUCUCCUGCCGCACGCGCCGCCACUCGCAAGUGCUCCACCUGCCGGCCAAGCCAAGCUGUAGCUCCGCUCUUUGCCCAGCUUUGUUUUCCUUCCAUCUCCCACUCGCGGAGACCCUAUUGGGGAUCUUCAUAUCAGCGAUACAAAAUAACUCAUCGUCUAUUCGUCUCUACCAAUCCUGCCGCUCGUGCUCUAUUGUUUUCCAUGAUUUAAAAGGCCUGUUUUGCAAUGGUGGACUGGUGGUACUAGCCUGCUAGUUUCUAGUUCCGAAGAUCUAGGGUUUCAUGUGCACAAUGCUGCAUUGUAGUUGCUCCCUCCUCCUUUUUUUUUCCCUGUGGUGCGAAUUUACAGCAUGGAGUACAAUGUUGGCGUGAUGAAUCAAACUCGGACCAGUCAGAUGAAUCCAUUUUGGAUCAGUCAGAUGAAUCAGACUUCACCUCUGACUCUGAUGAUUUUUGUGCACUUAUGGUCAGGAUAAAAUAUCAAGACAUUCAUUAUCACAAAUCAGAACGAUCGAUCAUACUGAUGAUCAUACUGAUGGAAGUGCUUUUGAUAGUGAGCCUAACACAGAAAAUUUGAAUCUUGUAUUUAUGGCGAUAGAGCUAGAGCAAGACAUGGUGCUAGCAAUGGCAAAUGACAAGUUGAGCGUUUGGAUUACAAAAAACUGUAUGAUGAGGCUUAUGGAAAAGCAUCAUCUGAUUCAAGUGAUGAUGAAGAGUGGUAGUACACAUCAAAAGGGAAAUUUAGAAGACAAUGUGCUGAAUCACCUCAGCAUGGAAAAUGAUUCUCUAGAAGAGCACCAGUUAGGCACCAGAAUAAUGAACAUACCCCACUGAAUGUAAGGCUUUGUGAUUCAGACUGAAGGUAUAUUUCAAGGAAGAUCCGUACCCUAGUUGUGCAACAAAUAAAAAUCUUGCACAAAGAGCUAGGCCUCACAUUCAAUCAGAGUUUCUGUUGACAGGUUAGUAAAUGGUUUUCUAGUACUUUGUCAUUAAUCAAGAGUAGCAGCCACCAAAAAAAGAGAACAACAUUGAAAACCAUACAGCUGAGAAUAAUAAUACCAAUACUGUUGAUAGCAUAGAGGAUCGAAUGAAAUGGUGAUGGAAAAAGUAAGUGUAGAUAGAAAUGAAAUGAUCUCUGAGGAAAGGAUGGAACACAAACACACAAUAAUCUCAUUGAAGGUAUUCCAGUAAGACAAGAUACCAACUGUGGGCAGAAUGUGGUUGUGAAUUCUAAUGUGGUCAACCAAGAUUGCUCUAUUGUCUCCAAAGAAAUCGACUUGCUAAAAUGCGGUACUAGAGAAAACCAGGGCAAGUAAUGCUGGAACACCAGAAGUUGAGUCCACAGAGAGAAUGAUCCCUAGACUAGAACAUGCAGAUGAGGCUACGCGAAAGGCAGUACAGUGGGAGCUGAGAAAGAUGAAGACGACGGGUGAAACUCCCUAGUGUUCGGAUUAUUUGAGGACUCUCUUAUUCAGGUCAAGUUUUGGAUGCUGCCUGUAUCGCUUAAUGUCAUAGUAACAUGCUCAUACGUCAUAAUGGGUUAGGCCCAUAUAAUUAGGAAUGGACUAGAUGGGUAUUGAGUAACAUUGGAUCUGGUGGUUACGUAAAUAGAGUGGAUGCGCUGCACGCGGUUGGGGAUGGGUGAAAGGAGACAUGUGAGGUGGCGUCCAGUCUGGAAGGACGAGGGUGGGCCAAUUAGUUGCGUCGAAGCAAAGAUUUUUUUUUUGUUCGUAUUUAUAGUCACAGAAGCCUGGUUACUGUUGCUGUUAUGUUUGUUCCAUUUGGAGCCUUGGCUGUUCAUCCAGAGUUUCUGAUUGGAUAACUCUUGGAAAUUCAUGCUGCCAUACUCCGGUUACAGGAAUGGUUAAUCGACUGUAAAAGUGUUGACAUAGUCUGUAGCAGACAGUAGAUGUGUUGUUUGCCGUGCCCUGUAACAUAGGAGUAUUGAAUUAAGAGUGCCAAGUGAACUGAUGAGAAGUAUUUGUGACUGAAAUCUAUACCUCUGUUUUUUCACCUCCAACUGUAGUAAGCCAUUUCAUUUCGCCCAUCGCCAGAAUGUUUGGAUGAUGUUAUCUAGCAACUGCAGUUUGCAACUGACGAAUCUGCUUAAUGCUGCAUCGUUAACUGGUGAGUGCUGUGUGUGAACUUUAACCCUAAAGUAAGCUUUCUAAAGAAAUCCCUAAGCUAUGUUAGUUAUGAACUACUUGUGGUGUUGUUUUUAGUAUCUUAUUUAUAGAUGAACUGCUAAAUAUAGUUCCAAAGAGAGAUCAAAACAAAAGGCUGUCCUUGUAAAAAAAUAAAAAGGCUUUUAUAGAUGGCUGGGCCGGAAAUCUCAAUGGUAGGCCAGUUUCUCUCUUCCCAUGUGUGUGUACAGAACUAUAGAUAGGACCAUCUGGAAACGGCUCCCAGCCAGCCGCGGAGCCGCUUCUACUCCCACGCCUCUCCGCGUUUCAAAUUCAAAAUCCAAAGGGGACAGCGCCACUCGCACCACCCAUCCCCCAUGGCGGCCAACGCGUUCUCGUCGCCGGCGACGGGGAGGACACCGAACCCUAAGGUGGCGCCGUCCCCUUCCACCAGACGGGCCGCAGACUCCGCCGCGGCGGCGGCCGCCGCCGCCGCCGCGGCGUCGGACUCAAAGGCGCGGUUCGAGGCGUACAACCGGCUGCAAGCGGCGGCGGUGGCGUUCGGCGAGAAGCUCCCGAUCCCGGAGAUUGUGGCCAUCGGCGGCCAGUCGGACGGGAAGAGCUCCCUCCUGGAGGCCCUCCUCGGCUUCCGCUUCAACGUCCGGGAGGUCGAGAUGGGAACCCGCCGCCCCCUCGUCCUCCAGAUGGUCCACGACCCCACCGCCCUCGAUCCACGGUGCCGCUUCCAGGAGGAGGACUCGGAGGAGUACGGGAGUCCCAUGGUUCUAGCCACGGCCAUCGCCGACCUCAUCAAGCAGCGGACUGAAGCGCACCUCAGGAAGAUCCAGGCCGCAGUCUCGCCCAAGCCCAUCGUCAUGAGGGCCGAGUACGCCUACUGCCCCAACCUCACCAUCAUUGACACUCCAGGUUUCGUGCUUAAGGCUAAGAAAGGUGAGCCAGAGAGUACUCCAGAAGAGAUCCUGUCAAUGGUGAAGUCGCUGGCGAGCCCACCUCAUCGCCUCCUUCUGUUCCUCCAGCAAAGCAGCGUUGAGUGGUGCUCAUCACUCUGGUUGGAUGCCAUCAGAGAUAUUGAUCCCACUUUCAGGCGCACGAUGAUCGUCAUCUCCAAGUUUGAUAACCGCCUCAAGGAAUUUACCGAAAGUUGGGAAGUCGAUAGCUACUUAAGCGCAAGUGGCUACCUUGGGGAUAAUAUACACCCGUUCUUCGUGGCUCUUCCAAAGGAUCGUGGAACAAUCUCCAAUGAAGAGUUCCGGAGGCAAAUUUGCCAGGUUGAUAUCGAUGUGUUGCGUCACUUGAGAGACAAUGUUAAGGGUGGCUUCAAUGAAGAGAAAUAUGGACCAUACAUUGGGUUCAGUUGUCUCAAGAAGUACCUGGAAUCUGAACUUCAGAAGAGGUACAAAGAAGCAGCUCCAGCCACCCUGGCAUUGUUAGAGCAGAGAUGUAGUGAAGUCUCAAUGGACCUAUCCAGAUUGGACUCCAAACUGCAAGCUACAUCUGAUGUCUCUCAGCUGAGAAGAUCAGCGAUGCUUCAUGCUGCUAAUAUCUGCACGCAUUUGCGCUCACUACUUGAUGGAGCAGCUGAUCCAGCACCAGAGCUAUGGGGGAAAACUACUGAAGAGGAACAGAUGCAUAGUGGUAUAGGCAGCUGGCCUGGCAUUAACAUGCCUGUAAAACCACCCAACUCCAGUCUUAAAUUAUAUGGUGGUGCAGCUUUUGAGAGAGUAAUGCAUGAAUUCCGCUGUGCAACAUACUCAAUGGAGUGUCCACAGGUUUCAAGAGAGAAGGUUGCAAACAUACUACUUGCACAUGCUGGACGAGGUGGGAGUAGUGGGUUGACUGAGGCAGCAGCUGAGAUAGCACGUGCAGCUGCACGAUCAUGGCUUGCUCCCCUUAUCGAUACAGCAUGUGAUCGGCUUGCAUUUGUUCUCCAAAGUCUAUUUGACCUUGCAAUGGAGCGAUGCCGCUAUCAAGACUCAAAAUAUCAUCAAAAUGUUGAAGAUAUGGAUGGAUAUGUUGGCUUCCUUGCUGCUCUUCGCUGUUCAUAUUAUAAGUUUGUCAAGGAAUUGUCCAAGCAAUGCAAGCAGAUAGUGAGACAUCAUCUUGAUUCUGUUACAAGUCCCUACUCUCAUAUUUGUUACGAGAAUGACUUCCUUAGUGGUGUCGGGUCUGUGGCAAACUCCAUGCAUAGGUUUAACCACUUCCCGGGAGUCACAUCUUUUGACCUAUCAGACAGCGGUUCUGCCCUUGAAGAAGCUCAGGAGAAUGUGCCACCAAAGGAUCGUCAACAUAUGACACCACCUGCUAAAGGAAAUGAGUCAAAGGAAGUUCUUAGAGAAAGCCAGCUGACGGUUCCUGAGACACCUUCUCCAGAUCUGCCAGUUGAUAUGAAUGGUGGCAAGAAGAAAGACAACGGAAACUUGAAUGAUGGUGGUGCAAGAAAAAGACAUGCAAGGAUGGCAGCAUAUGCAAACAGGAAUCAUCAUAACAAUGUGAUUGGUGGUGAUGACCUGGGCUCAAAAUCUGGAUCAUCAUACUCCAGCAUAUGCUCAAUAUCUGCUCAGUAUUUCGCCAAAAUGCGGGAAGUCCUGAUUGAAAGGAAUGUACCCUCUGCACUGAACUCUGGAUUCUUGACCCCAUGUCGUGAGCGGUUGUUUUUGGCACUUGGCUUCGAGCUGUUUGCUGUUAAUGACGAUAGAUUCAUGGACAUGUUCGUGGCACCUGGUGCUGUUGAUGCUAUCCAGAACGAGCGCCAGUCUCUGCUGAAACGUCAAAAGAUUUUGUUGUCCUGUUUGAAUGAAUUCAAGAACAUAUCGCGGACCCUGUAACAAAGAUUUUUCUGGUGCCUAGUCUACAGGCAUGUAUGAUGUAUCCAGGAGCUUCAGUAUAUCCGUAAAGAUGAUACAUCGGAGUUCCUGGUGAGUUUCUACUGCUGUUUGGCAUUUUUUAGCUCAAUGCUUCUGUUCUUAAUGCAAGUAGUCUUUCUGUUGUCAAAUUCCUUAUUGACAUGUCGUACCACUUUUCAUCUGUUCAACAUUGAUAACCUCCUUGUUAAAAAAAUUGGCUAUGAUUGAGAAUUAGAUUAAAAAGAGAACGUGUAGAUGA